UUGCUUGGGUGUGUGGCUCGCUCAUUUUGCUCUUAGGAGGCGUCUCGAGCCGGAAGAGGAAUUUUGGCCCGGUCGGCUCGCCGUCUUCGCUGUCGGCCAUCUUGUGAGCGGCUCUGUGUGUGUGUGAGGGUGGGGGGGGGAUAUCAGCGGCCGCAGGCGGGGGUUGGAGCUUCGCUUUCCAGGCGGUAGGCCUUUCUCGCCCGGGGUGGGGUGGUUCCCGGCAGCCCGGUUGUCUGGACGCCAUGUCUGCGGAGAACCUGGAGCCCGCUUCGGCAGAGGAGCAGAAGGAAAUGGAAGAUAAGGUGAUUAGUCCUGAGAAAGCUGAAGAAGCAAAGUUGAAAGCAAGAUAUCCUCAUCUGGGCCAAAAGCCUGGGGGCUCAGAUUUUUUGAGGAAGAGACUUCAGAAAGGACAAAAGUACUUUGAUUCUGGGGAUUACAAUAUGGCAAAAGCAAAGAUGAAGAACAAGCAGCUUCCUACUGCGGCUCCUGAUAAGACUGAAGUCACAGGUGACCACAUUCCUACACCACAGGACCUCCCACAACGGAAACCAUCUCUUGUUGCUAGCAAACUGGCUGGCUGACUAGGCUGGCAGAACUGCAUGAAACUUCUUAUUCCCUUAAUCUUUCCUUAAGUUUUUUUUUCCUCACAUUAUUGUUUCCACUAAGUCAUUGACUGACUGCUUGGCAGGUAGUGGUAGCGUGUGUGCUGCUAUUGUAAGAGUCCAAUUAAGAAUUGCAUAAUCCUUGGACGAGUUGAGAACAAUGCACUGAUUUUUUUUUUAAAAAAGGACAUGUUUAGAGCAAUGUAAUCUACUUGAAAAAUGUACAUAUUACCUGUUUGCUAGUGUAGGGCUGGUUCCAGCAAGUGACAAAGCAAGUUUGAAAUUUUUUAAUGUUUUGGCGUUCCUUAGUUCACUUUAAUUCCAGUGUAAUAUGUUUGUAUCAAAUACCAGUUCUUUUUCCCCUUGUGUUUUGGUUUUGAAAAGUACAGGUUUUAGACAGUAAGUUGUUAGAAGGUAAAGCAUGUAUUAAAAUGAUGGGGCUCUCACUAAAUUUGUGUAUCUACUCUUGAACUUGAAUGGCCUUAAACCUACUUCAGCUUUAACAAUAGAUUUUUACUUGAGCAAUAUUUGCUCAUUUUGGCGUAAUUCUUGUAAACUUUGUGCUUAUUGACAACUGUCUGUUGAAGCUGGUAUUCUUUUCGGUUCUGUAGCAUAGAACACAUUUUUAAAGUGGAUGAAGUAUGCAUGUGCAUAGACUGCAUUCACUUUUGUGCCAUGUCUGUAAAUAAGAUAGUUUUGCACAAUUUUUGCAAAUAUGUUAACUUUACACUUUUAAAAAUGUGCCAACUGCAAGCACAAAUUCUGUCUCUUGAAAAAUCAUACUUAUUUGAAUCAAAACCUCCUUAAUGAAAAGUAAAAGACUUGUAUGCUUAAAAUCUGGAAACUGUUGAAGCACUAUGGGUAGAUCAGCUUAACAAUGCAUUUUCCUGUUAAUUGAUACAACAGAUUCUAUUUAUUUCAAGGGAUUAAACUUAAAACUCAUUAAGCUAUUUUUAAAUCACCCUAUGUAGGGACUUCCAGCACGACUGUAUUUCUUCAGCACAUUUGAAGAUCUCUUUUUAAAAUUAAAUGCAAGAAGUUUAAAACAUAAAAUUCUGGAUACUUCUGUGCUGCUACUGGAGGCCUCCAAUGAUAUAAAGACAGCACCUGCUAUUUUAGUAGUAGUUUAAAAAGAAUACAAGCUUUUUAGAUUAAGAAGUAAAGAUGGUAAUGAUUAGAUUUGAUAUGUUCUAAAAUUAUGAUGUCUUGUAAGAUAAGAGUGCUUUGUCAUUGUACAUUAUAAAUAUUAAAAGCAAUUGUAUCUUGGAUAUAAUUGGCUACCUAUACACAUAAAAAUUAACAACAAAAAUACUAUUUUGUCUGUCUUAAAAUAUCAGAUUUACUUGACAUUCUCUGAAAGGCUUUCUGUAUAGUUUGAGAGAUUUGACUUAUUAGGCAAUAGAAGUUGGAUUUUUCCCAAGGUAGUCUCUGAAAGUAAUAAAUUUCUGCUGUACUUCUUUUAUAAAUAAAUUCAACAUUCAGACAAAGGAAAGAAUAAAUUAACAUUUCUGAAGUUAUUGGGCAUAGCCUUGCUACAUCUCAAAUUUUAAAAGGUUACUUUAUACUGAUCCAAAUCACUCCAUUAGCUGCAUGGGUGACAAUUUGUAAUUUCUAGUUUAUUUGGAGGGGCUAUUUUGUCACUUCUCCCCUAAAGCUAUAUAUUUUUCUUUUAUCUCUGAGUAGUAAUGACGUGAGAUCUAUUCCUGCUAUAAUCUGCUUCAAUUUUAUGUCCCAGUUGUAUUGGAAUUUGAAUGCUGUGAGCAGUAAAAUCAGCACAGGAGAUACUUUGUUAGGGAUAGAACUGAGAACCGAAUAGCUGAUUCGAGAACAUGUAUUGUUUAAUGGAAAUUCUAACAUUCAGUUCCUUUUGUAUAAGAGACCGACCCUGUUGACUAGCUUCAAGUGACUUCCUAACAGAUUGCUGCAGAUUAUAGUAAGGUGAAUUGUUUUGGUGGAUAAGGGGGUAUAUAAACGAUGUCAAUCUAAACAUUCCAUUCUCCUGCUUAAUAAGUUAUAUUUUUGUAUUGAUAAGACUGGGCAAAUGUUAGGGAUACAAAAAACACAAGCUGAGCGAUUGUAAGAAUAUCUACUCCAAUACCAGUCUGCUUUGAUAGUGAAUCUCU